UGUAGGCUCUCUGUCAAACAGGAUCAAACGUCUGCUUGCUCAGAUAUGUUGAAAAAGCCAAGUUUCCACGGCAUCUACUUCGUUUUUCACAUGACUGUAGGUAGAUGGAUGAAUCGGCGUUUGAUAGAAUCUCGAUCUCGAUUUCACAUCUGUUGAGAAGGCUGUUUUUCAACAGCUGGACACCUUCUUGGCCCCAAAUGACUGAUUUGAUGUUUUCCAGUCAGGCUGUGACUCCACUACUCAGCCCGUUUCUGAUCUUUCUUUCCUAUUUCUUUUUUGAAUCCCAGUGUCUGUGCUGCCUGCUGGAUCUGAGCCUCGGGGUGGGGGAGCAGAGCGAAGGGGCGGCGGCCGGCGGCGCAGCGAGCCCGGCGGACAAAAUGUCAGAAAGUCCAGAGAAAAGCGCCUCGGCGUCGGCUCAGGAGCUGAAGGAGCAGGGCAACCGCCUCUUCCUGAACCGCAAGUACCUGGAGGCUGCGGCCUGCUACAGCAAAGCCAUAACCCGCAGUCCCUCUGUCCCAGCGUACUACACUAACCGAGCGCUGUGCUACGUGAAGCUGCAGCAGCACGGCAAAGCUCUGGCGGACUGCAGACACGCGCUGGAGCUGGACGGCCAGUCGGUCAAAGCUCACUUCUUCAUGGGCCAGUGUCACCUGGAGACGGAGAACUACGACGAAGCCAUCGGCAACCUGCAGAGAGCUUAUAACCUGGCCAAAGAGCAGCGUCUGAACUUCGGUGACGACAUCCCCAGCGCCCUGCGGAUAGCGAAGAAGAAACGCUGGAGCAGCAUGGAGGAGGGCAGGAUCAACCAGGAGAGCGAGCUGCACGCCUACCUCACCAAGCUCGUCCUCGCUGAGAAAAAGAGAGAGCUGGAGAGCUGCAGACAGAAACAAGAGGACAAGUCUGACGACGGCAGAAUUCAACACAGUCUCAACGAGAUCCACACAAAACAUGACAAGUAUCUUUCAGACAUGGAGGAGCUGUUCUGUCAAGUAGACGAGAAGAGGAAGAAGCGCGAGAUCCCAGACUUCCUGUGCGGAAAGAUCAGCUUCGAGUUGAUGAGGGAGCCCUGCAUCACACCCAGUGGCGUCACCUACGACCGAAAAGACAUCGAGGAGCACCUUCAGCGCGUCGGACACUUCGACCCAGUGACGCGCGCUCCGCUGAACCAGGAUCAGCUCAUCCCCAACCUGGCCAUGAAGGAAGUCAUCGAUGCUUUUAUUUUGGAGAAUGGUUGGGUGGAGGACUACUGAGCGACGCGGCGGAAGGGAAGUUAGUUUGAUCGUUUCGUGUGUUCAGACUCGUGUGCUUGAGUUGUCACCGUUUGAGAACAAAUCAUGUGGCCGGUUCAACCUGACGUCCAGCUGCGUCUUAGCUUCGGUAACAGCUGGAAUUCACCAGACGGCCGCUGGAGCAGAUUGUGGCAACAUCUUAUUUUACUGGACCAUAUUUUCUGAAUCAUUUCCCAGUAAUUUCCUCAUGUAAGUUCUUCCUAAUUAGCGGGACGAAGAGACGGUGUUCAAUGAGCAAACUGAGCUCUGAUGAACUCUGACUGUUAGCAACACCCAGAGUCAUCCGAAAAUGUCAACAUGAAGUUUACAAUAAUAAAUGAAUAAUGAACUAAUAUUUAAAUAGUUUAAAAGAAAAGGAUAAAUUAGUUUUGUCAGAUCAUCUGGGUCAUUGUGAAUCAGAUUGUAAGGACCAUUUACAAGCCAGAUAAAAUAAAAUAAAUAAAUAUAUAUAUAUAUAAGCAGUCAUAUACAGUCAGCAGCCAACGGGGCACCUUGCAAGGAAAGUCCUGCUUUUCCUCGAAUUAGUAUCAUAACAACGUAGUUCUGUCCAGGAGACUUCUGAGCAAAUUACUGGGAAAACAUGAGGAAAAUCCAGACCUGUAAAGUAAAGUUUCCCAAACGGGAAAACGGAAAUUACAAAUUGCUUUACAGAAAUUAAAGGGGGGGGGGGCACGAAAUAAAACCAGGAAAAAAUGAAUGGAUAACUCAAAAAAAAAAAGUUAUAUAAUCACAGAAAAAGCCAAAGAAGCAAAUACAUUUUAAUGUUUUUUUUUAUUUGUCCUCUGAUGUUCACACACCUGCACCUGUAAGAUCCACAUGAUUAUUCUUCAGCAGUGGUGGAAG